CUGAUCCUGGCUUGGUCCAACUGCAUGCUGGGUGACAUGCUAGUGUGGUUUCUUUAUUGGAUGUACUAAAUAUUACCAUUUUUUCACCAAAUUUCUGCUUUUAGAAAGAACUUUUUCAAUAUGACGAGUGUUGAGCGGCUGUACAAAAACUUCGGGGUACUUGCUGAUGCCAAAGAUCAGGCAACACAGCAUGAAGCAGAAUAUCUGGAAAUCCUCAGUGCCGUGAAAGGAGAGAAUAAUGUGAAGCGCCUGGCCGCUCAGUUCAUCCCGCGUUUCUUCAAGUACUUCCCCAGCCUGAGUGAGAAGUCUCUGGAUGCACAGCUGGACCUGUGUGAGGAUGAAGAUAGCUCGAUUCGCAGACAGGCCAUCAAGGAGCUGCCAAACCUCUGCAAAACCAACAAUGAUCACCUGAUCCGGAUUUCUGAUGUUCUGACUCAACUGCUCCAGACAGAGGAUCCGAGCGAGCUGAGUGUCGUUACCACCGCACUGAUUGCAUUAUUCAAAAUCAAUGCAAUGGGCACUUUGAAUGGACUCUUCUCCCAGAUUCUUCAAGGAGAGGAGGCUGUCCGGGAAUGUGCCAUCAAAUUUCUGAGCUCUAAACUUCCACUGGAGUUGCUAACCAAGGAGGCUGAGGAGUUCUUGCUCUUGGAGACAAAAAAGGUUCUGACUGACGUGACCCGGGAUGAGUUUGUGACCUUCAUGCACAUCCUGGCCAGCCUGCAGUCCCUACAGACAGUGAGUGGGCGGCAGCAGCUGGUGGACUUAGUGGUGGAGCAGGCCGAGCUGUCCAAACCAUUCCAGGCAGACGACAGCACCUGUGUAGACAGGCUGAUGGACUGUGUGAGGCAGGCGAUGCCACUGUUUUCUAGAAAUGUCCAGUCGACCAAGUUUGUUGCGUAUGUUUGCGUGGCGGUUCUUCCAUGUCUGACUGCAGUGACGUCAUCUGUAGAAGAGCGAGACGUUAAACUUGAAGUGUUGAAGCUGCUGGCAGAGAUGUCCCCCUACUGUGGUGAUGUGGACAGCACUUGUCUGGCCAACCUGUACACCUGUCUUCUUGAAUAUAUGCCAGUCCCUCCAGCAGAAGUCGAGAAUGAAGAGAACGGUUCCCUGCAGCCCGGGGAGCCACAGCUGCAGUUCAGCUAUGUGGAGUGUCUGAUGUUUGCAUUUCAUCAGAUUGCUCGUAAGGGAACAGACUUCCUCACAGCUGAGGAGAAUGCUGACAGGUUAAAGGACUUUCGUACAAGACUGCAGUACUUUGCCAGAGGCCUUCAGGUGUACAUCAAACAGCUCCGCCUGUCUCUACAGGGAAAGACUGGGGAAGAACUGAAAACUACAGAGAACAAAAUCAAAGUGGUAGCACUGAGAACAACCUCCAAUAUCAAUGUCCUUAUCAAGGACCUGUUUCACAACCCACCAUCAUACAAAAGUGUUGUAGGCUUGUCCUGGAAACCAACCACAAAACCUUCAAGUGACACUGAGGGAACAAAGAGAGCAGGCAGUGCUACUUCUGUCCAAGAAACUGUCCCUACCAAAAGAAUGGCUGUGCGCCCCAAACACAACGAGCGCUCUUUGUACCACCCCCCUGGGGGCAAGUACAGUGAGCGGGUGGGCAGGGCCCCCACAGGUGGGGAGUUUAAUGCCAACCAGUGGGGGUUUGGACAGAGAAGAGGUGGGUGGAGAGGGCGUGGCCAGGGGCUGGGGAGGGGCCAGUACUGAGACCUGCUGUACAUGCUGAACCAUACUGGCUACUAGAGUCAGCAGCAAGGGGACCAAUGGAAGAGUAAGGUUUGAGAUGUAGAUGGAACGUUAUUCUAGAAGGCGAUUUAGGUGAUUUUAUUGUAUGUAGUAUUUUCAUUGCCUCUUGCAAUACCUGCAGCUCUUUGUCCAAAAGGGCACUAAGAUUUGUGGUAAUUUCUCUGUUUGCUGUUCAAAACAAUUUAGUAGGCAACAUGAGUCAAUAGCUGUUGCCACAAGAUUAGUUUAUGACAUAAGGGCCAGAUAUGGAGAUGGCUAUUCAUGCAGAAAGAGAACUUAAGUUCAAUUGUUUUAUAUUAUGAGUCAUUAUGAGUCAUGCAGCCACUGAGUGUUAGAUCAUCAUGAGUACUAUGACAAACUCCUGAUGUGUUACUGAAAGGUGAUGGCCACAGCUUUCAUUCUUACCCAGGACAGAGGAGAUGGUCCGUUAUGUGGUAGUGUAGAAGCUGCUGCAAGAACCUCCCUCUCCUGGGUCCUGCACCAGGAAUUGUGACAUGUAGAUGUACAGUUUAGUCAGUAGUGUGAAGGUGUGAUUUUCCUGUCAUUAUUAGACACUUUAUUGUAGUUAGAGCCUGACAGGAGGCGUUCCUGUAGUACAUAUAAAAUGUAGAAAAUGCUUCAUUUAUUUACAUUCUGUGGAUUGGAAGUUUGUUUCUUGUUAAGUGAUGGUAUUUACAAGGAUGUUAUAUUAUGUCCUUGGUAUGUAUCAGCAGUUUAUAUUAAUUUAUCAUAAUGUUAUUUCACCUCUUCAGUACAUGCAUAUAUUGUACCCAGUAUCAUAAGUACAAUGUAAACAUCCACAUAACCAGGGUGUCUUCUAAGCCAGUGCUGUAGUACUAAAUGUAACAGGCUGCUUGGGAGGCACGAUGAACAUCACCAGGAAUUCACACAGUAGUCUAGCCUACUGCCACUCACAAUUCUGUACUGAAUAUAACAGUGUGUUGAUAGUGUUACAAUGGUCAGUGAAUCACACAUACAUGUACAAUGUACGUUGUGCAUUUGCAGAAAAACUAGUUCAGUGACUCAUUAUUGAUGGUCAUGAUAAAUGUCCAGGUUUAGAGACAAAGGACUGGAAGGGAUCUGUUAGUCUCUGUUUGUUGUUCAGGUCUGAAGCUUAACAAAGUAUACAGCUGUUUGAUAGACCACACAUACAUAAACACACACAGACACACAUACAUGUAUACAUAGACACACACAGACAUGUACAAACACAUCAUCAUCUGGUCAGUUAGUGCCUGGGAUGUGCUGGACUCUCUCCCUCCCUCCCCUCCUGUUCUCCAUUGCUCUGGAGAGAUCUUCAUAAGUGCAGCAUACAGGCACAUCUUUGCAUAGUUGUUGGAUGAAACGUUACAUGGUGCAAGGUCUCCCAGCUCUAGUAUAGCCAUGCAAACACACAUAGACACAAACAUACACACACACACACAUCAUUAUACACUAACAUUUACAAACACACAAAUGCAUAUGCACAAACAUGUAGUGCCACUCACAGACAUGUACACAUAAACUCACACAAGCACACCAGCCGAACGUUUACUGUAGAUGACCCCACCAUUGGCAUCCAUGCUGUCCAUUGUGCUGAGUUUCAGGAUAAGUUAAAAAUGCCAGGAUUUGUUACAUUGUAUGUUUGUACAAAAUCUGGGUCCUUUACUCCUUGUAUAUGGCAAAGUCAUCUUCUGAAUGUACCACUAUGACACAUACUGUCAAUGGAAUAAAGUUUCUUUUGUGUGCAGAA